GGAUAUCUACAUACUUGUUGUUUUGCAACAUUCACAUUCUAGAGACUACGCGUUCCUAGCCUUACUAUUCCUUGUUUAACUUUCGUCAAAUUGUUUAACUCUGAUUUAUCUUUGUUCAAGCUCACCACACAUCAAAAGCGGUUUCCGCUCGUUCUAUGGGACAGUAUUAAGAGUCGUGUACGAGAUCUCGUCACGCUUCAAAAAUCAAUUUUCGGUAAUAUGUCAAGAUGAAUGGCUCUAUUCAUUCGAAUCAUGCAAGAAAAACUCGUUACUGGCAAGCAGCGACAAAGGAAAUCUUACUGAAUAGCUCGGCAUAUAUCGUCAAAUGUUUGUUCAACUCUUAAGCACGGCGAAGUAGAAAGCAAAUAAGACGUUAGAGUCACUCUAAGCUGCUGUUUACCAUUUCCUUUGUGUUCGCCAUUGUGCCUUGUGAUAUUUCUGGUCUGUCCAGCUGUUUCAUGCGCGUUCACGUUUAUCAAUCAUUCAUACAGCAAGGUGCAAAUUUGCUUUAGACACGCUUGUAAGCAAAGGUAAUAGUCAUCAGUGAGACAAAACGGUAGUCGAAGGAAGAAUUAGUAACUAGUAGUGGAUUAUUCCGUGUUCGUGAUCGUUUCAUGGCACCUUGUUUUCAUCGGAGAGAGGGUGCCAAUAUUCUAAAUCGUACUGAUAUCGGAACAUUGUGGAACCUUAUUUUUAAUACAAAUAUUCAUCGAAAGCUACCUUUGACCCACAUUUUGAUGGAUUCAGCUGUCCUUUCGUGUUUUGCUUGGGGAAAGGGCGCGUUUAUUACGCUAAAGCAACCACAAUAAUUUGGUCGAUCGCAAUCCAGUGGUGCAGCAGUGCGUUAAUCAACCUUUCAUGCACGUCCAAAACUCACAGGCGUAGGGUCUCAACUACUGUCAAUGAAAUUACUUUUAGUUUGUCUACAACCCGGGAAAAAGAACUUAUUAAAAGUUCUACCUAGAUCCGUGACAAGCGGCCCGAUUUUGACAUAAAUUAACAUUUGGUGAUGCCGCUCAUUACUGUCUUAAAACUUCUUAAAAACCGCGAAGUCAAAGUUUACAACCACGCAUUCUGCAUUUGUCAAAAAAACUUCACUCUAGUCUGUAAGGAGUUGAAGUAAUUUGCCAUUCUUUGAUUUAUUUUCAGUUGAGAAAUUCUUAGACGUAAAUUAAGAGCAGAGGGCGGAUGUUUGUGAAAAACAGAUUGUAGUGCAGUUUGCACAAUUGUUAGUCAAUGGUAGGCGAUGCGGUUUUUAAGCAAAAAGGUGAUGAUGUAGCUUGAUGUUAAAUUUCCUGCCAACAAGAGAAUCGUGAAGACGUGAGAUGAAUAUCUUUAACAACUCCUGGCAGAAUUCCCUCACAUCAGAAUACCAGAUGAAAGGGAAAGAGGAAUUCACUUAUACACGAAACGAGACACCUUUCGUCAAUCAAAAUCUACUCGAGAAAACGUUUUCCAUAAUCCUUUUUGUGCCCCGGCGAAUUUGAUCUAUCUUUUUUUUUUCUUUUGUCUUUGGCUACCAAAAUUGAAGGAAUAUGUCUGUUGUGUGUUCAGUCAACAGCUCGUUCAUUGCCCAGUGGAAACGGCCAUCACUUCCUUGAAAAUAAUAGACAGGAAACAUUUUGGUACUUAAUGUUUACACUAUUCACAUUUUGAAGAUAAAUACAAUUACGAUUUAAAAAGAGCAAUGCAAAUAGUCGAGGAAACGAUGUCCUAGAAUAGCCAUAUUUUUCAUAUCAUUUGACAAAGCGAGUUGAAAAGGACAAAGCUCCAAAACACUGUGAAAUACAAUCCCGUACUUGUAUAAUAUGGACGAUGCUGACUUAUCGCAGUCGUGUAUCGACUAUAUUCAGUUGCUAUUUACAUCAAGAAAGGAAAGAACAUGCUUCGGGUCUUACUAGAUGUAUUGCUUCUUUUUGGAGAUCGAAAUUCAGCGAAUGCGAGAAAGCUCUGAUCUGUCGUCGCAACUUGAAUUGGACUUAUAGUAAUGCGUCAAGAGUUAGCCUAUCAGACAAAUAUCCACCGCGCAGGCAAGGUACUCCAAACCUUCAGUAUGACGCCGAGGCAGGAGCGGUCAAACGGUUACGAUGCGGAGUGAUUGGACAGCCACCACCGACUAUUACAUGGUUCAAGGAUGACAAGCCUUUGCAGUUGUCGGAAAGAGUAAAGAACUUGAACAACAACAAAACCAUAAAGAUCAAGACAGUCAGACCUCGAGACCAAGGAAACUACACCUGCAUCGCUGAAAAUACUCUCGGGAAACUAAAUUUGACUCUGGAACUUAUAGUGCGUGAAGGUAGGCGUGAUGAAGUACAGAAAACAAAACUGAACCACAAACAGAUCACUAAAACAGUAGAAGGAAUCUCUCCAAGUCUUUCGACCUCCAAAUUAACACCAACGAGUCAAGUAGUAACCACCCGGGUGCAAACUAAAGAUGCCACGACCUCCGGCAGGACUAAAAAAUCAAGAGCACCAAGAUUUUCUGAUCCAAAUAUGUUAAAAAGAGCAUUUAGAGCAUGGCCAGCAUCACACUCAAUCAGACUAAAGUGUCAAGCGACUGGAGCGCCACCUCUCAAAUACACAUGGUUAAAGGACGGAAUGAAAAUGCCCAGCCGAAGGAUGGACCCAUAUCUUAACACUUCCAUUUGGUACCUAAAACUGAAAGAUCUAGUACCCGACGACUCGGGGAAAUACACUUGCAUAGUGUCCAAUCCAUAUGGCAGUAUAAAUCACACUUACACGCUUCAGGUUGUUGCUAAGCCACGAUCACGGCCCAUCUUACAGACAAGCCUUCCAAGUAACACAACGGUGCAGAUUGGAGAUAAUGCAACGAUGACAUGCAUUGUGCUCGUUAGUGGAACACUUCCAGAUUUCAGAUGGCUGAAAUGGGACAAAUCCGUCUUAUCAAUAAAGAAAAUUGGUGACGACUUUGAGAACGGAUCAUACCGCCUUAUAGAUCCACAUUAUUACAAGACUAUCCGAGUCAAGGACCAUUACGGCGUUGAGUUGAGAAUAACUAAUGUUACCGAGGAUGAUUUUGGACUCUACACGUGCUUUGUAAGCAAUCAUAUAGGCAAAGAUUACAACAGUGCUUUCCUCAGUAGAUAUGUGAAACCCACGGUUCCUGUUAAAGUAGAUUGGAACACCAUAACUAAACAAGACGACUCUUCACAGAAUGCAACAGCUUCACCUAUUGAGAACAAGCUAGUCCAGAAUGAAAAGAUAAAGUCAAGUCAAGCUGGCCUAAUUGCUAUCAUUCUUCUGGCGUCAAUUGUUUUCUCUGCAAUUAUAGCAGUUGUGUUUGUUUUCUGUUUUCGCAAAAGACUAAAGGAGAAGUUUGCAGGCGAUUCAAAUUCUCAAAAGGAAUUUAGACAAUUUGAACUGGAGAAUAUUCCACCAUCAUCAAACCUUAUACCAUCAGAACCUGAAACGCCCAAUCAAACUGAUGGAAAUAAUAGAACUUUCACUUUUCCAAGGGGAAGAUUAAGUUCUACUGGAUCUACAAAUUCUACGACACCUUUAUUAAGAUACAGAACUGGAAGCUAUAGGUCACGAUUUUCUUCAGGAGUAUCAUCGAGAAUUGACUCGAACAUUGCUGAAGAGCUAGAGCUUUUUGAGCUACCUUGUGACGAGGAAUGGGAAAUUGACAGAUCUCAAAUAACACUAAGAGAACAACUUGGUGAAGGUGCAUUUGGUUUGGUCAUGCGAGCUGACGCUGUGGGGCUGCCUGACAUGCCUUCAACAUGUUCAGUUGCUGUCAAAAUGCUCAAGGCUGAUGCUACUGAGAACGAGUUGGGAGACCUCUUGUCUGAAAUGGACACGAUGAAGGAUAUUGGAAGGCACAAGAACAUCAUCAACUUGAUUGGUGCAUGCACGCAACACGGUCCUUUGUUUGUCAUUGUCGAGUUUGCACCUCACGGUAAUCUUCGGCAAUUUUUGAGAGAAAGGAGACCUUCCGAAUACCAGCACAGCAGACAGAGUUAUUCUGGCCCCUCCCUUACCGUAAGGGAUUUCGUGUCUUUUGCCUUUCAAAUAGCAAGAGGAAUGGAGUACCUCGGAACACGAAAGUGUGUUCAUCGUGAUCUUGCGGCCAGGAACAUCCUUGUUGGGGAUGAUUACGUUAUGAAAAUCGCCGACUUUGGCUUGGCAAGGAAUGUUAAAGAUCUGGAAUACUACAGAAAAACCACUGAUGGUCGGCUACCGAUAAAAUGGCUGGCCAUCGAGGCUCUGUUUGAUCGAGUCUACACAACGCAAAGCGACGUUUGGGCCUUCGGUAUACUGCUCUGGGAGAUAUUCACUCUUGGGGGUUCUCCAUAUCCAGGGAUACCGGUAGAAAAGCUCUUCGACCUGUUGAAGUCUGGCUAUAGGAUGCAGAAGCCUCAAAACUGUCCAAGCGAUAUAUACGACAUCAUGCUUAAUUGUUGGGAUGAAAACUCCACCAACAGAGCGUCAUUCACACAACUUAGGAAACGAUUCGAUGCCAUGUUGUCAUCUAUGGCAAGUAAAGAGUAUCUGGAAAUCUUGGCCCAAUCGAUAGAUGACCUUGCACGCGAUAUGGAAACACCCAUAACGGACGAUUCUGACAUAAAUAAUGAAGGUCUAACUGAGUCUUCGUGUUAGCAGCAGCCUGGAGUAAGAAACAAAACUCAUUUGCUUGGUCGAAUUCCUUCUCUAAAGCCAACUGAGCUACAAGUGAAACUCAUUGACGUGAGAAGGUGACAGCAUUGGUUAAAUGUAAAUUGAACCGGGAUGCAAGCACAGUACAUGGAUGGUCAGGAGCUUAUUCUCAAGUCGUACUUUGAGACUGGACUAGGAUUAAGAAACCAAGUCAACAGAAACACAAAUCAUCAUUGCGUUUCUUAUUGGGAGCUGUUUACCAGUGAUUCCCACGUAAGGAAAAACAGGCUGACAGCAGUCAACAUCAAGUGACAGCUUACAGUAACAUGACGUGCAAUAUCAACGAAUCUGUUAUGGAAACUUUGCCCUUGGAAAAGUUUAUCGCACGACACAGUGUACUGAUCUGCCGCAAGCUCACGCUCCAUCUUCAACAAAGCCGGCUCUUGUUACUGCGGAGACCAAAAGACGCCUGUAAUCAUAUUCAGUCUUUUCUUUUCAAUAUGCCUAACUCAAACGUAUUCUUUUGUAAUAACAGUUCUUUCUGAUAUCUAAGGAAGCUUUUCCAAUUGUAAAUUUCUACUCGUGGUAAAUGAAGAGCUGCUACAUUCUAACACCGAAGUUGUUGCUUUGCCAAACGCGAAGAUUUGUUUUAUCAUUGUUCGCAAAUGCUUCGUGAUCCGCAGCAGGUUGAUAAUACGCGGAAAAAAAAGAACAAAGAAAUUCAAUAACACAACAUAAAAAGACAUUGGUGCGGCUUGGUCCAAUGCGACUUGUAGACUUGACGUAUUAGAAAGUGUAGCAGGAAAAAUGUCCUAGGCGACUAUCGCCAUCUUAUCUCUCCCUAGUUAAUCCACGAUUGUUCCAACUUAUUUCAAUACUCGUAAAAUCUUCUCAACGAAGAUUUUAUUUUGUAAACUUAAGUAGGCCACGUUUAUUCCAGACAGUUAAACAGUUUUAGCCGUAUUUAAGGUUUGGUGCGGACAUCAGAAAAUACAAUGUCGAAUACUUCCUUCGUGCAUAAUUUCCAGGUAAAUUACCUUAACAGAAAAAAGAGAAAAAUCAUCUCAUCCCAGCAAGGAUGAGAUUAAUUUAGCUACGUUACAUGGAAUUCCUUUCGGAACUACUAACAAGACUAUGUGGAAGUCUGUUGUCUGAAAACUGAUGUAUUCUCCUUUCCUACAAAAUGGAAACCUCUAUCUUGAGAUCUAAAAGCCUAAAUGCGCAGACCGAGAAGUUAUGACACUAAGAGGAAAGAUUUGUCAUUGCAUUACCAUAUACACAAACAUUGUUCUUUCUUGCAUGUUUACGUGCCAAACAAGAUAACGUUGUGAACCAGAAGGAUUUAUGUGGGAAAACAACAAAAUGUUGUGAGAAACCCACACUGUGCACUUUCCCUUUUGUUUUUCCUGGUCGUGAAGGUCUUUCUUUUUUUAAUUUUAUUUUAAAAAUGAAAACGUCGGUACCAGGUUAACGAUCCACAGAGAGAGGCGGGACUGCCGGCAAGUCCAUCAGCAACCCAUCAAAAGAAGAUAUUAUUGCUAUACAUCUUUUACAAACGAAAACUCAGGUCCUCGAGAAAGACUGCCGAGGAUAUUUGUACAGAAUUUCUAGUCUCAACUAAGCAGAGCUAAUACUCUUGCAUUUUAACCGUGCAAGAAUAAGGCUAUGCAAUAGUUGUGUAUAAAAGUAAAAAAAAAAAAGGUUCUCAGUUGAAUGGGGAUGUUUACAUACAGAUGUAUCUAUAUUCACAGAGUGAUCAGGUUUAUUACUAACUAAUGUAAGCUUUUAAAUAAAAAAUGUUUUGCUACA